AGAGAGAAACAAACUUCGCUCGCAGUAAGAGCAAGCCACGCUCCAAGAUUAGUCUAACCAACAAAAACCAGUUUAUGGCCAGCGAAACUCGUGAUAUGCCGCGCUUUCUGAUACCUACCAAUAAAUUACUUUUUAAUCACCAUAAAAUUGUUUUAAAAAACUAAAUAUGUUACAUAUUUAGUUUAAAUCUUUGAAAUUUAACUGUUUAACUGUGUUUUAAGUAUAAGACCGUAUUUAUAAGUAUAUUUUUAAAAAAAUAUAUAUUUAAAUUUCACGGACUAAGUUCGAUUAAUAUUAUUUUUAAAUCGCGCGUGUUAUGGUAAUUAAAUGUAAAGUUGUGUGACCACUCGGAAAGGCGUUGACCGCGUCGAUAAGUACAUUAUGACAUUCUCCGAAUGUUUAUUUUAAACUUAAAGUUAAGGUCGGCAAAGGAAUUCCGAAAAUAUUUCAAGAAAAAUAAGUUAGAAUGCGCGAGAGUAUGCGGAGGUUAGCCUUUGACGACGGCGAAGAGAAGGCGGUGAGGGGGGUGCGAAGAGUGCGGGUGGAACUCCUCGACGGUGACCAUAUCACCAUCGAAGUACACCGGAAAGCCCGCGGUGAAGACCUGCUAGACAGAAUCUGCGAGGACCUUGACGUCGCCGAGAAAGAUUACUUUGGACUUCUGCACCUCCAGCGAGGGGACCCCAGGGUGUGGGUCGAUCUCAACAAGCGACUGUCCAAGACUUUUAGAAAUGAACCCUGGGAAGUAAUGUUUGCUGUUAAAUUCUACCCCCCGGAACCCACGGCGCUGGAGGAUGAAGUGUCCAGAUACCAAAUCGGUCUGGCCGUCAAGAAGGAUAUUGCCGAAGGUCGGCUGCCCUGCUCCCCCAUCACUCUAGCGCUGCUGAGCUCGUACGAGCUGCAGGCGGCGGCGGGAGACCACGGGGCGGGGUGUCAGUGUGGGGCGCUGCUGGCGGCCGCCCCGCCCCCACCCGCGCCCCUCGCGCGCUCCGCCCUGCAGGACAACGUGCACGCCCUCUAUCUGAAACACAGGGGCAUGAGUCCGGCGCAGGCGGAGCUGCAGUACCUGGCGAGCGCCGCGCGCCUGCCGCUGUACGGCGCGCACACGCACGCCGCGCGUGACGUCACGCUCGCACUCUCCGCCGCGGGACUCGCGCUCUGCAACGAAGGCGUGGUGCUGAGCCGCUUCCCGUGGCCGAAGAUAAUAAAGAUGAGCUACAACAAGCGCUCGUUUACCCUGAAGCUGCGGGCCAGCGAGUUCGAUGAGUUCGAGACGGACGUGAGCUUCAAGCUGCCCUCGACGAGAGCUUGCAAGAAGCUGUGGAAGUGCAGCGUGGAGCAUCACAUAUUUUUUAGACGAGAGGCUCCGGUGUCUGUCCCGGGUCGGCACGGAGCCUGGGGCUCUCCGUCCUGCCGCCGCACGCUCCGCCAGCUGCGGGCGCGCCCACCACACCUGACCUCCUGAUGCUGAACCUAUUCGACUGAUUGCUGGCUCCUAGACAGAGAUCCAUUUGAGUGAAUGUUUAUUACUCGUUUUGUAUGUACGUGUCUACAAUGUUUCAAUACGAGAGAUGUUCCAGUUGCUUCGGUACUCAUGACGGCUCACGGCGGCCAUCGCACACAUACAGUCAGUACUUGCGAACUUCGUCGGAAAUGAAUAUGUGACGAUAGCCAACACAGAACACAAGAUAUUUGACAGACGCCUGAAUCUGGUAGGCAGCGGCUUGGCUCUGCCCCUGGAAUUGCUGAAGUCCAUGGGCGACGGUAACCACUCACCAUCAGGUGGGCCGUGUGCUCGUCUGCCUACAAGGGAAAUGAAAAAAACAAAAAAAUCGCUUACAACAUUUUCAAGAUAAGCUUGCAUAUGUACAAGUUCUGAACAACAUUCGGACCGUCGGUCUACCGAGCAAUAUCACCCGCUCGGUGGAAGAUCUUCCCAUUGUCGUUAUACCUACAAAUAAAACUAUCAAGCGUCUGGAAGCAGACUUGAGUAGAUACUUUGUUGUUUUUAUUUUGAUGAGCGCUCAGCACAGUGUAGUUAGUGGGUGCGGCGCCGGCGGGCGCUCCGCCCCUCCAAGUACCGACGUCGCAGAAUCAACUUCCUCUGCUCCUACUGCUUCUUGCUCCUAGUGCUCAUCAACUUUUAGCUUUUAAGAUUUAAAUUGUAAGCUGCUUAUAUAAAUAGCAUUGUAAUGUUUAGAACGCAAGUGCCAUUAUUAUUAUAAUUAAAAUCUGCCGACAGAUAA